AUGAGCCCGGCGAUUCAGAAAGUGGAAGCUUUGCACGAGGGCCAUUUCGUCUGCGUGAAGUGGGAGGACGGAAAUGAGAGCAGCUACCCCUGCGUCUGGCUGCGGGACAACUGCCAGUGUCCGCUCUGCUUCCUGCCCUCCGCUGGAGCGCGCAGGCUGCUCUUCGAGGAUCUGGAUGUGAACAUCGUGGCGAAGCAGGUUGUUCUGGCAGAUUGCAGAAAGAUCUCUAUUACAUGGCCUGAUGAACACACAAGUGAAUAUGAAGCUGAGUGGUUGAAAAAACGAUGCUUCUCCGAAGAAGCCAGAGCUGUAAUGCGAGCAGAUUUAUUUUUACCAGAACGCCAGUACUGGGGCUCAGACCUUCAACUUCCCAAAAUACCUUUUCAAGAAAUCAUGGGCAAUGACGAAAGUGCCUACAAGUGGCUGUGCAUGCUAAAGAAAGUAGGAAUUGUUCUACUGACAGGAGCUGCCACAAGACAGGGAGAAUUGAUUAGACUUGGCCAAAGGAUUGGGUUCCUGCGUCUCACAUUUUAUGGACCAACUUGGCAAGUGCAAGACAAAGCAGAUGCUAACAAUAUAGCUUAUACAAAUGGGAGACUCUGUUUCCAUACUGAUUAUCCUGUUCUGCAGCAUCCACCUGGGGUUCAAUUUCUUCACUGUAUAAAGCAAACAGCUGCAGGAGGUGAAAGUGAAGUUGUAGAUGGAUUUCAUGUAUCCAACAAGCUGAAGAAACAAAAUCCUGAGGCAUAUCAGAUCCUGUCCUCUACUGCUGUAGACUAUGCUGAUGUUGGGGUGGAUUACUGUGAUUUUGCUAUGCACUGUAAACAAAGGAUUAUAGACAUAGAUUCCAGAGGCCAAGAAAUUCGUAUCAAUUAUAAUAAUGCAACAAGAGACACAGUGUUUGAUAUACCAGCUGAAAAAGUGAGGCCAUUUUAUGCAGCUCUAAAGGAAUUUAAUGAUUUAUUGAACAGUGAAGAACACAAGUUUACUUUCAUGCUGAAACCAGGAGACAUACUGACAUUUGAUAAUUGGCGUGUGCUUCAUGGUCGCCAGGGCUUCCCAUCAUGUUCAGAAGUGACACGUCACCUGGAAGGUGCCUAUGCAGACUGGGAUGUCGUCAUGUCAAGGCUCAGGCUCCUUAGGAAAAGGGUCCUGAAUAGGGAUUGA